AGGACCAGUGCCUCUUCGGUCAAAAAUAUCCUUGUACCUGCAUCUCGACCUCACCGGCGUCCGGCGGUGGUAUCACGAUGGUGGCGUUGCUGGGCCGGCGGAUCGGGGUGGCUGCGGCAGCUGCCGCGUUCAUCGCCCUCGUGGCGUUCGGAUCCGCCUCAUCCUCGCCCAAGUCCUUCGUGAAGUCCACCGUCUCCGCCCACGACGUCGUCAUCUUCUCCAAGUCAUACUGCCCGUACUGCAAAAGAGCAAAGGCCGUGUUUAAGGAGCUUGAGUUGAAGAAAGAGCCAUAUGUUGUGGAGCUUGAUCAGCGAGAGGAUGGCUCAGAGAUUCAGGAUGCCUUACUUGAGAUAGUUGGCAGGCGUACUGUCCCUCAAGUUUUUGUCCAUGGAAAGCACCUGGGUGGUUCUGACGAUACUGUUGACUCCUACGAAAGUGGAAAACUGGCUAGACUUCUAAACAUCGGAGUCAAGGACGACCUUUGAGUGACAUGCUACAUCGGUCAGCCUGUUCGUUUGGUUUCAAUCCGUACCGGCUUCUACUACUUCUAUAUUGUUUUUGUCUCUAUGGAUUACAGCUACAACAGUCUAAAUAGCUGAUUUUAAUCCGAAGCGAACAGUCCAAACAGUCUCUUGUUUUGAGUUACCAAGGGAUUUUUUGUGUGACUCUGAUAAAAGAUAUGUAACUGAAUGUUUUAUUAUAGUU